GAAAAGGAGGCCAGCUGCGAAAUUUGUUUCAAAACUAUUCAGCGCUCGGGAAACACAACAAAUUUACAAAAACAUGUUCGCACGCAUCCAGAGUUUGCUAAAAGUGACAUUCAAAAUGAUGGGCAAAAGAAGCUACCUGGUUGCAGUUCAGCGGUAGAGGUCCAAAGCAAAAUUACUUCUCCCAGUGCUAAUAGCGAUUCAAGCGGGCGUCAAAGCUCUCCGCCAUUGGCAGUUACUCCAAAAACAAGUGGGAAAAAACAGCAGCGGUUGGGGGAUUGUCUAAAAAAACGAGCUUCAUACGCGGAGGGAGGAUCGCAAGAAGUAGUUAUUAGCAAGCAUUUGCUAUACUUUAUUUGUAAAGACAAAAGACCAUUUGAUGUUGUAAAAGGCGAAGGGUUCAAAAAACUCCUGAAGCUUCUGUGUCCUGCCUACAACAUUUGCUCUGUAGACACCCUGAAGACGAGACUGGAUGACAUUUAUAAAAUCAAAUUGAAUGAGUUAAUAGAAACCUUCGAAAAAGUGCCUUCAUUUGCCCUUACGUGCGACAUAUGGACGGAGACAAUGUGCACGAAAAGUUUUCUUGGAGUAACUGCACACUAUAUAGAAAACAACAAAAUUAUGAGCAGAUGUCUGGAAACGAAGGAGUUGGAUGAACGGCACACGGCUGACUAUAUAGCAGAAAACUUGAGAGCAAUUUGCGCGAAAUUCCACGUGGAAACAAGCAAAAUAACUUGUGUGGUAACUGAUAAUGGCGCAAAUAUGGUGGCAGCCGUUAAUUCUUUUGUGGGUAGAUCUAGCCAUUUAUCUUGUUUUGCUCAUUCGUUCAAUUUAGUUGUAGAGACUGUAUAUAAACUGGAACCGUUUUGUGCGCUUACAGAAAAAAUAAGAAACGUAGUUAAAUUUUUUAAAAAUAGUGUAGUAUACAGCGACAAGCUUCGUUCUGCGCAAAGUUGCAAUUCGCCAAAAAAACCAGUUCUUGAUGUGCGAACACGCUGGAAUUCUUUAUACUACAUGCUGGAUAGAUAUGUAGAGCUAGCCCCAGUAAUACACCAAAUUUUAUUACUUGACUCCAAAGCACCCCAUCUGCCAACAGCUUUAGAGCUAAAAACGAUUGAGGAAAUUUUAGAUGUUUUAAAGCCAUUUGAAAUCGCCACAAAAGAAAUUUCUGGUGAAAAUUUUGUCACGGUAAGCAAAGUCAUUCCCAUUGUUAAAACUCUGCGUGCGCAAAUGAGAAAUGAAAUGUUGAAAAACGCUUCAAGCGAUUUAGUUCUAAAAAUGAAAACACUUCUCAAUAACCAAUUAACAACACGUUUCAAAAAUAUAGAAGACAAUCACAUUUUGGCAUUAUCAUGUGUUUUGGACCCGCGUUUUAAAAAUAUAGCCUUUUUGGAACCACAUCAGAACUUUAGCAUCUAGCAGAGAAAAAGAUCGCGGGCUUCAACAAGGGGAAAACAUUAACGAGUAUAUACGUUGCAAGCUUUUACCCUUACACGCUGACCCCUUAGUUUUUUGGAGGGACAAUAGCAACAAAUACCCUUUUUUGUCAAAAACUGCGCUUAAGUAUCUUAAUGUACCAGCAACUUCCGUACCGUCGGAGCGGUUAUUCAACAAAGCGGGUUUAACAAUGGCGAAAACGCGCAAUAGACUGGCGGGUAAGAGAUUAGACAAAUUACUUUUUUUGGCGGAUUGCGCCGAAGCAGAGUGGGGCUUGUGAGCAGGAUAUUUAGACAAAAAUUAAAGAUAUUAGACUGCCAGGGCUAGCACUACAUCCAUCGUAGUCCGAUUUUCAUGAUCCUGGCUAUAUAUACUACUUUCGUAGCUAUUCAAAUUCAGCUAUAGCAUUUUCGUAGCUUUCACGAAAAAUCGGAAAACGCUGGAUUCAGUGAUAGCUCUGUACAUUUUUAAGAAGAACUGAAAAACAAUGUGUCUAGUCUGUAUUUCAAAUACAAAAAUAUUGUAACUACUUAUUGUUAAUGACUGUUAUUUAGCUUCUCAUACUAAUUUUGCCUCAAAGAAACUUUUUGCAUAAAAUUAUAUUUAGUCUGUAUCUAAGAUACAAUAUAAACUGGAACAAUUCAACACGAAAAACGUUUUAACGUACGAAAAGUUUGUACUUUUUGCUUUAUUUUAUAAUUAAUUCCACAGAGGUACAUACAGCCAAAGACGAACGUCAAAACUCAUGAAAAUUAAAUAAAUUUGCAAACAGAUUUUUAGAAAAAUUUCGGUUAUGCAGUUUUGUAGCCUGUUAAGUUUUAGAGUAAUAAAACGCAAAUUUAAAAUUCCUAAAUUUUAAAUUCCUUUCGUUAACUUUUCAAAUUGUGCAGUUUUCUACACAUAAAAAAAUUGUCUAACAUACUUUGUAUGGAAAAAAAAUGCGUGACACCGUCAGUAAAAAAAAGAAGUGAAAUAACCAACGAGAUUUUUCAACAGCGUUAUUCUUGCAGUUUGUUGCACCAAAAUUUAAUGGGCCACAAAACUAC